AUGUUAUUUACCGUACUCGGAGUAGUUGCUCUCUUCCUGAGAGAAAGAAACAUCAGUUCCACCGUCCCAGGUCAAGAUGAAAGCUUCGACCGUCAAGAAGGACUGGUCACAGAACCCCCUGUGGCCAACAGUGAUGGUAAAUCUUUUGUUUCAUAUUAUUCCUUUUCUUCAGGUCGAGAAAUCGGUGACUGGUGUGAAGAAUCAUCUUUGCAUCUGGAGGAACAGAUCAAUGUUCAGACUGAGGAACCAUCACUGGAGGAACCUGUUGAUGGUCAGAGUGAAGAACCAUCACUGGUAGAGCCUGACAGUGUUCACGGUGAAGAACCAUCACUGGUAGAGCCUGACAGCGUUCACGGUGAAGAACCAUCACUGGUAGAGCCUGACAGCGUUCACGGUGAAGAUCCAUCACUGGUAAAGCCUGUCAGCGUUCACGGUGAAGAACAAUCACUGGUAGAGCCUUUCAGUGUUCACAGUGAAGAACCAUCACUGGUAGAGCCUGACAGUGUUCACGGUGAAGAACAAUCACUGGUAGAGCCUGUCAGUGUUCACAGUGAAGAACCAUCACUGGUAGAGCCUGUCAGUGUUCACAGUGAAGAACCAUCACUGGUAGAGCCUGACAGUGUUCACGGUGAAGAACCAUCACUGGUAGAACCUGUCGAUGGUCACAGUAAGGACAUAGCCAGCUCCUCCAGCAGUGAUGAUGUUCCUCGAUACCUUUUCUACGCUGAGUCCAGCAGUAGUGAUGACUACCCCCAAGAGAUUUAUUCAGCCGGGUCCAACUGUAGUAGUGAGCUCACAGUCAGCUCCUACAGCAGCUUCUUUUCAGCUGAGUCCGGCUGUGGUGAUGACACCUCUACCAAUUUCGAGUCUGCCGAGUCCGGCUGUGGUGAUGACACCUCUACCAAUUUCGAGUCUGCCGAGUCCGGCUGUGGUGAUGACACCUCUACCAAUUUCGAGUCUGCCGAGUCCGGCUGUGGUGAUGACACCUCUACCAAUUUCGAGUCUGCCGAGUCCGGCUGUGGUGAUGACACCUCUACCAAUUUCGAGUCUGCUGAGUCCGGCUGUGGUGAUGACACCUCUACUAAUUUUGAGUCUGCCGAGUCCGGCUGUGGUGAUGACCCCUCUACCAAUUUCGAGUCUGCCGAGUCCGGCUGUGGUGAUGACCCCCCUCCAAAUGUGGUCUCUACUGAGUCCAGCUGUGGUGAUGACCCCCCUCCAAAUGUGGUCUCUGCCGAGCCUGGCUGUAGUCAUUACAACCCCCCAAAUGUGGUCUCUGCUAAGCCCGGCUGUAAAGAGGAUGUUGCUCAAGGUGCAACCUGUCAGACAGAGGGCGCUGUUCCACCUCAGCCAGAAAAGCUGAAGGAUGAAGACACACACAUCAUUGGUAAGUUUACAACCAUGACACCCUGAAAAACCCAACACAAAUGCAUAUUUUAAUAUGUAUG